CUGUAAGAUACUUGUGGAUGUUACGUUCUGCGUAUUUACGGACAAGAAUGAAGCAAUAGCAAAAUGGAGUGUGAAUAGCCAUUCAACAUCUCUCCCUCAUGACCUUCACUUUCCUCACCAAUUCAGGCCUUGUAUUCAACUAGGCCACUCUUCUCCCCUCCUAUCAGAUUCUCCGCAACCAUCAGCAUCCCUACCACCAUCUCUCGAAACUUUCCAUCACCUACACGCAAUGUCUACCGUAACUCGCCUCCACUCCUUUCCCUGCGCCUCCAUUCUCGUCACCAGGCACGCCCUCGGCGUCUUCACCAAAACUAACGAGGAGGCUUGCAAGUUCGCAGACGCGGAGUUCAACGAUCCCUAUAACCACAAGCAUCUUCACGCGGCAUGGGCCGCCAUUCAGAAGCAGAGAGUUCGUAGAAUCAGGCACGCCGCGGCGAAAGAUCCGUUGCUUAAGAUGACGACGGGGGAGGUGUUCCGCCUGAGUGGCGUGGCAGAGUCGACGAUGAUGAAGAGGAGGAGGGCGGAAGUUUGAAGGUAUUUUACCCCGGAAAUGGGUUU